AUGGACGAUGAGCGACUACCCAAACGACUCUUCUACGGAGACGUCUCGACGGGUUCUCGCCGUCAAGGAGGCCAGAUUCGUCGUUACAAGGAUACCAUGAAGUCCUCCCUGAAACGCCUGCAAAUCAACCCCAUCGAUUGGGAGGAGCUUGCACUCGAUCAACCGACCUGGAGGAGGACAGUGAAGACAGGCGCUGCGAUAUACGAAGCCAACCGCAUCGCUGUCGCCAAAGCGAAACGCGAAGCCCGCAAAUCACAACUUCGCCCAGUACGCAACGCCGCCGCACCACCGCUUCCAACGUGUCCUCGAUGUCAACGGACAUUCCGGACUCGAAUCGGACGUGUUGGACAUCUUCGGAUUAACUGCGCCUCUCGAAAUGCACUAACCAUCGUCCCCCCGUCCGCCUCUUCCUCCUCCUCUCCGCCGCCAACUAACUGACAAUUCUUCUGACCCACCACUUCCAUCGUCCUCGUCCUCCUCCUACUCCUCCUCCACUGCUCCAGCGGCGGCCGUUCAGGCGACUGUCACUCGCGCAACAACCGGCACCACCACCACCACCUCCACCGACUCCAGCGAUGACGAUCAGGACCACACCUGCCCUCACUGCGACCGUACCUUCACCUCACAAAUCGGCCUGGUCGGUCACUUGCGAAUCCAUCGCACAGAGACUGGCGAACCAAUGCGUGAAGCACCAACCUACACCCACCGCACUCGCCUUCACUGCUUACACUGCCCUCGCACCUUCAGGCAUCGCAUGGGCCUAUUCGGACACAUGCGCAUCCACGAGAGCGGAAUUGACCGCAACUCCGACACACUCACGACACCCAGCACAUCAACCAGGCCCAGUCCCACCCUCGCUCCAUUGCCGUGCGCGCCCAUCAUCACCACCACUACCACCACCACUACCAUCACUGCCUCCUCCGUAGCUGACACUGACGCCGCCGACAUCGCAUGCCCACACUGUACACGCACAUUCACCUCACGCAUCGGCCUGGUCGGUCACUUGCGAAUCCAUCGCACAGAAACUGGCGAACCAGUGCCUGGAGCACCAGCCUAUACCUACCACGCUCGACUCCACUGCCCACACUGCGCUCGCACAUUCAGGCAUCGCAUGGGCCUAUUCGGCCACAUGCGCAUCCACGAUGACCUGCGGUAG